AUGUCUACUCCUGCUCAUCAGCCUGAACAAACGAGCUUCACGGCUCCUGAAGGCGUGUAUUCCUUGACGGACGACUUCAAGCCACCUGUACUACAUACCCAGAUCGUCAAUUCCCCUAACCUCUACCCCAGCAUGCUUACGACUGUCACUGUCAACUUUCAGGGAAAGGUACAGGCGCAGAGGUUUGCCGCUAUUCUCAGGAGACAGGACAAGGACAAGCAGGACGAGGCGCAUCAUGAUGGGGAGAGCGACGUUUCCUCCGAAGGCGAGGAGGGGGACGCACCCGCAGACCCGGACAUCCCCCCACCCACACCAGGCAUCUUCUCCCCCUCCCCCGACCCAUUCCAAGGAAAACGCAAGCCCCCCCGGGCAACACACAAUAUCCGUUCCACCUCUUCCUCCUUCGUCACGCGCAUCCACACCGCCGAAGGACUGACGAAACACCUCAGCUCAAAGUCUGGCGAAGUAACCUUCGUAUUCUACACCGGGGGGAAGAGUUUUUUCUGGUGCGAGCUAGGGGGGCAGCAGAAGGAGCCGUUAGCGCGAGUGACGUUUGCUGCUUUUCCCACGUGUAGCGACGUUAACCGGUCCACAUCUGGGAGUGAAGCGCUCGAUUUGGUCAUUGGGUUCAAUACGGGAGACCUGAUGUGGUUCGACCCUCUCUCUUCGCGGUAUGUGAGGAUCAACAAAGGGGGGUGUAUGACCACUUCCCCCGUUACCUGUGUCCGGUGGGUUCCCGGGCAUCGGUCCAUGUUCCUCGCAAGUCAUGCAGACGGGACGAUACUUGUGUAUGAUAAAGAACGGGAAGACGGAGCGGUCGUUCCUGGUGCUGGAGUGCUGGAGAGCGGGUGGAACGCGCUUGAGCAGAUGAUCGUACUCCCCACGCAGCAGGAGAGGGAGAGGGAGAAGGAUAAACUCAGGAAUCCGGUUUCAUAUUGGAGGAUCUGUAGGCGGGCGAUCACAGACUUCUCAUUCUCCCCCGACCUCCGGUACAUAUCCACAACCUCGGAAGACGGCUGCCUGCGCAUCCUGGACCCCUCAACCCCAACGCUACUGAGCACAUUUUCAAGCUACUUCGGCUCGUUGACUUGUUGUGCCUGGACUGGGGACUCGAAGUAUGUUAUUACGGGGGGACAGGAUGACCUCCUUUCAGUGUUCUCGAUUUCCAGGUCCCUAUCCUCAGGGGGCGGAGCUGGGGCUGGGGGCGGGCUGGAGCUGGAGUUGGUAGCCCGAUGUCAGGGACAUGGGAGUUUCGUAGCUUCCGUAGCCGUGGAUAUGGCGAGGUGUAGGCAGGGAGAGUAUAGGUUUGCGAGUGUGGGGGAGGAUAAGCAGGUCGUUUUUUGGGAUUAUGCGCCGUUUGGCUCGGGGGGAGGGGGAGGGGGAGGGGCGGGCGGAGGGGGAGGGAUGGAGGCGGGGAUGGGGGGGAGGGGGAGGAGGGAGACGUUACGUGGGAGUGGGGCUGGGGCUGCGGGUGCGGGUGGGGAACGGGAGAGCAAGUAUCAUCCUGCGCCUGCGAGGGCCGUAGUCCCUGUUAUAUAUCCAACGAUGGCCAUACCCCUGCAAGGCGACCUCCUCUCUUCCCUCGCCUUCUCCCCUCUCUACCUCCUAACCGUAACCCGGCCCGGGUGGGUCAAGUCCUGGGCCAGGCCGAUGGAGAGGGAACGGGAGAAGAUGAGCGACCAGAAGAGGGAGUUGUUGGCUAGGGGAGGGGAGGAGGGGAGGGGUUGA